AUGGUAAAUAACGUAAAUGCACAAGAAUAUAUAAAUAAAAAAUAUCCUAAAGAUGGAGUAUGUAAAAGCAAAAGCGAUGAAAAAAACAAAGAUAAAAGAAGAGAUGAAAUAACCGAACUAGAUCUUAGUAAUGGAAAAGUCGGCAAAGGUCUUUUUAAUGAUGGCAAAACCUUAACUAACUCUUUAAGACUAGAAGGAUUCACUAAUUUACAAACUUUAACAAUUUCUUCUCAUGAAUUAAUUAGUUUAGAUGUAAGCAAUUGCUCUAAACUAGAAAAAUUACACUGCCAAGAUAACCACCUUACUAAUUUAACUGUCACUAAUUGUUCUAAUCUCUAUAAAAUUAACUGUUUCAACAAUAACCUUAAAGAAUUAGACUUAACUACUUGCCCCAAUUUGGAUGAAGUAUACAUAAAAGGUUGUCUCAGUGGUAAGUCUAAUUUGGCUAAUGCCUUAACCAACACUAGCGGUUUUAAAGAAAGUAACCUUGGAGUUAGCAAGACUGACAAAUCUAAAAUCAGUGAUACUUUUGAAAGAGACUUUAAUGAAGUAGAAAUUUUGAGUAGAAUAACAGAAGGAAUUAACUCUGCCAAAGAAGGAAUAAAUCAAAUUCUUUUUGUUGUUCGUGGAAGAUUUACUAAAGAACACACCGAAAUUUUUAAAAAAUUUGAAAGAUCCGUUUCAGAAACUGGUAUUACUAAAUUUACUACCAUUAUCAGGACUGAUUUUGUCAGCUUCCGAGAUCCUGAGUCAUGUGAAAGAGAUAAAGAAGACUUAAAAAGAGAAACUAAAGAUCUAAGAAAGAUAAUUGAAUCCUGCAAAGACAUCAUUCAUGUUGAUAAUCCACCAAUAAUUGCAACCGAUAGUGAACUAGAAAUAAACGAAAUAUACUCUAUGACAAUUAAAUAUAGAGAAAUAGAAGAAAGUUUAGUUAAUGCUAAAAAUGAAAGAGAAAAAGCAGAAAUAGAAAAAAUAAGAAAUAGUUCAUUUAAAGAACUGAGUGUUAAAUUAGGAUUAAAUAUACCAGGACUUCCAAUUGGUGCCAAUGUGGAAGUAAAUGUCGUAAAGUCAGGUCGAGGAAAAUCUACUCUAGCUAAUGUACUUUUAAAUAAGGAUGAUAAAUUUAAGGAAGUAUUUAAAGAAAGUGACGGAAGCAUCAGUCAAACUAGAAACAUUCAAAGCGAAACUUUCGAACAAGAAUUUAUUGAGCAAGAAGAAAUAAAGAAGAUAAACUACAGAAUAAUCGAUACUCCUGGCAUUGGUGAUACUAAACUAUCGAAGGAGGAGAUAUUAGAUAUUAUUGGAGAGGCAGUUUACUUAGUGCGAGGCGGUGUAAAUAGGGUUUUUUUUGUCACGGAUGGUCGAUUUGAUAAGUAUGAAACAACUGCUUAUGAUUUGUUGAGAAAAGCCAUCUUUGAUGACAAAAUUACUAAUCAUACUACGAUAGUUCGCACCAAAUUUAGAGCUUUCAAAAAUGUAGAAGAAUGUCAGAAAGAUAUUAAUGAAAUAGAAAAAAGUAGUGAUGAAUUAAAAGAGAUAAUCAAGUCUUGUCGAAACAACAUUGUGCAUGUUGAUAAUCCUUCAAUGGAGAUAAAAGGAGUUAUUGAGGAAGAAGCGAAACAAGAAAUAGAACUUAAUAAAAAUAAAAGAAAUGAAUCCAAAAAAAUAUUACUAAAUCACCUAAAAGAAGUUUACCAGAAAGCUCCUUACAAUCCUCAAGGCUUAGAAGAUUUAAGUAAAAAAGUUUAUGAAAGGAUAGAGAAAAAAAAGAGAUUAAGAAAGGCAUUAGAAAAAUUAGAGAAACAAUUGAAAAGAGUAGAGGAAAAAAUAAAAAAUGAGAAUUUAUCAAAAGCUAUAAAAGAUUUGAAUGAGGAGAUAGAAAAAGAAAGCAAGGCUAUUCAUCAAACAAUAUUUGAACACAUUCAAUCAAAAGUAGGUAACAACAAAAUAAAAGAACUUAGUGAAAAUUCAGAAGAGUUAAGCAUUUCGAGAAAAAAACUGUCAAAGCCAAAAGCAACUUUAAGCGAAUUUAAUUUUGCUUUUAAAUUGCCUGGAAUAAGUUUCAAGGCAGAAUAUCAAAGAAAGAAGAAUUUUUGGGAAAAAGAAGAAAAUUUAGAUGAAGAAAGUGUCAGUGGAGUAAAUAAAUCAGAAAAAGAUGCAAAGUUGUCUGAUGAAAUUGAGGAUAUUGCUCAAAAAAUAAAAAAAGUUAUUGAAGAAUAUUUUAAAUGUUUACAAAUUAGAAAUGUACUCUUAAUUGGCGGUGCAGAGAAUGGCAAAUCUGCUUUAGCCAAUGUGCUUUUAAGUAAAAAUGGCAACUUUGAGGAAAUUUUUAAAGAAAACCAUUGA